UCUAUUGUCUAAUUAACUCUUUAAUAUAAAAUCCUUAUAAAAAUCCGCAAUCUACAAUUUUAUUCUCGAAAAAUCUAAAUUUUAUGUGCUCAUCUGAAAUAGCAAUAUGUCUAACAUUGGAAUUAAUGGUUUUGGCCGGAUUGGACGUUUAGUAUUGCGCGAGGCAAUACGUCGAAAGGCACAAAUUGUGGCGAUCAACGAACCUUUUAUCGACGUAAAGUACAUGGCCUAUAUGUUGAAGUAUGACUCAACACAUGGUCGCUUCAAAGGCAAAAUCGCAAUGGAUGGCAAAAAUUUGAAAAUUAACGAUCUUAGCAUAAAAAUUUUGGCUGAGAAGGAUCCGACCAAAAUCAAAUGGAGUGAAGUUGGCGCUAAAUAUGUGCUCGAAUGCACCGGCAAAUUCACAUCCACCGAGAAGGCGAGCGCUCAUUUAAAGGGCGGCGCAAAAAAGGUAAUUGUUUCCGCGCCCGUUGCCGAUGCGCCGAUGUUUGUUGUUGGCGUCAAUUUGAACGCUUACAAACCAGAUAUGAAGGUUAUUUCAAAUGCUUCGUGCACCACAAAUUGUCUGGCGCCUUUAGCGAAAGUCAUACAUGACAAUUUCGAAAUAUGUAGUGGCCUAAUGACUACAGUACAUGCGGUUACCUCCUCACAGAAAUGUGUGGAUGCACCGUCACCAAAGAAGUGGCGGAGCGGUCGGGGUGCGCUGCAAAGCAUCAUACCUGCAUCGACGGGUGCUGCCAAGGCAGUUGGAAAAGUUAUACCAUCUUUGAAUGGUAAAUUAACGGGUAUGGCUUUUCGUGUACCCACUGCGGAUGUUUCCGUAGUCGACUUAACGGUUAGCCUUGGCAAGCCAACUUCACUCGACUGCAUUAAAGAGAAAAUCCAAGAAGCUUCUAAAGGUCCAAUGAAAGGCAUACUCGGUUAUACGGAAGAUGAGAUUGUGUCGGCAGAUAUCACAACUGAUGCGCGUUCCUCAAUUUUUGACGCUAAAGCUAGCAUAGCAUUAACUGAUACAUUUUAUAAAUUAAUCUCUUGGUAUGACAAUGAAUAUGGUUAUUCCUCGCGUAUGAUUGAUCUGGUAAAAUAUGUCCAAGAGGCAGAUAAAAAGGCAGAAGGAAAAGAUAAAAAAGACGGUAAAAAGGACGGCAACAAGUGUGAUAGUAAGAAAAAAUAAUAUGUUUCCCGAAGAAAUAAAAUUAUGGUAUAUCUUUUGAAAUAUUGACAAUGGUUUAGCUUAUUCGCUUGAGAUUAACGUUAAUGUAACAGACUCACAUUCAUUUCUAUUUGUUUAUGUAGACGAAUUUAGAAUAUCGAAUCCAACAAUUUUAUAAAAAAAAAGAAAUAUACUUUUGGACUUUUUUAAUUUAUUU